AUGGCGGGGAGUUCAGGGCAGGGUGAUGCUGCGCUCUCCCGCGGGCUGGGCUGGGCUUCGGCCGGAGCUCGGAUCCCGUUUUCCUCGUCCUUUCGGCCGUGUGCCCUGGGGCUGACCACGGGAAGGGAGACCCAGCUCUCCGACUCCGCCACCUUCCGCGCGCCUCCGCGGCUGCUCGGGCUUCCUACGAGAGCCAGGUGAUACUUCGCUCUGCCCUCUGCUUUGGACACUUGCUCACAAUGGAGUUCCCUGAUUUGGGGAGACAUUGUUCAGAAAAAACUUGCAAGCAGCUAGAUUUUCUUCCAUUAAAAUGUGAUGCAUGUAAACAAGAUUUCUGUAAAGAUCAUUUUACCUGUACUGCGCAUAAAUGUCCCUUUGCAUUCAAGAAGGAUGUUCAGGUCCCAGUGUGCCCACUUUGUAACAACCCAAUCCCAGUAAAAAAGGGAGAGAUACCAGAUGUGGUGGUUGGUGAGCACAUUGAUCGAGAUUGUAAAUAUCACCCUGGGAAGAAAGAGAAGAUUUUUACAUACCGGUGCUCAAAAGAGGGAUGCAGAAAGAAAGAGAUGCUGCAGGUGGCUUGUGACCAGUGUCACGGCAAUUUCUGUAUUCAGCAUAGACAUCCUCUGGAUCACAGCUGCACACGUGGGAGCUGCCCCAUCACCGUGGCCGGGUGAGAGGAGAGUCUUAGCUCCGACA